AGUGUGACUAACAAAAUGCAAUUACUAAUAAUAAUUAUUGGAAUUUUUGUGAUCUACACCAAAGCUGAUGUUUUCGAUAAAUCAUCUCUAAGAAUAAUUUCAGAUAGUAUUCAUGACUUCUCUUCGCGAUUUUCUAAGUAUUUAGGAGAAAAAGAAAGAUUUAAUUAUGUUUCCUCUCCCUUGGGACUUGAUUUAUCACUGGCAAUGCUUGCUUUUGGUUCUGAAGGAUCAACAUCGGAAGAGUUGCAUAGAUCGCUUCAUCUAUCAUCAGAUCCAACAGUUAGUCUUAAUGGAUAUCAAAAUUUGCUCAAUUUAUUAAAGGAAAAUCGAGAAAACAGUUUAAUUAUCAGUCCCAAAAUAUUCAUACACAAAGAUGCUGUAAUAAAUGAAUCUUACUCAAGUUUGAUUGCACAGUACUUUCAUUCAGAAAUUGGACACGUAAAUUUUGAGGAUCCAAUUAGUGCAGCAGAUGAUAUCAAUUUAUAUCUGUAUGGACGCACUCAAAAGCGGAUUCAUUCUUUCAUUACACCUGAAGAAAUAUAUCCUGAUGAAUCGAUAAUAUCAAUGAAUGUGAUAUAUUUUCGCGGAAAAUUUUUGCAAAGCUUCAAUAGAUCUUUACUUAAUCAGCCAUUCUUUACUGAUGAAAAAAAUACGAGAAGAGUGAAAUCAAUGUGUGGAAUGAUGAAUCAAUUAUAUUAUGGGGAAAUUUCAGAAUUAAAAGCUUCAUUCAUUGAAAUACCGUAUGAGGGACGAGAAUUGUCUUUACUCCUAAUUCGACCAAACGAAAUCACUGGAGUAAAGGAACUGCAGCGAAAACUUGAAAAAUUUACUAUAUCACGAUUAUUAAGUUACGGAAAUUUACGUGACGUUUCAGUGAGCAUUCCUCUGAUCAACGUCGAAAGUUAUUUGAGCUUCAAAGAUAUUUUACAGAAAAUGGGUAUUUAUAGCAUAUUUGAAGAUUAUGCAAGUUUCACAGAAUUCUUCGAUGAGGAGAGAAGAAUGAAAUUGGAUAAAAUUACUCAAAAAGUUGUUUUCAAUAUGGAUGAAGAAAGAACAUUGUUUAGUGGAGCAACUUUUUAUUCCCAGGCACAAAGUGCACCAGGUGAAAUACACUCAACUCUUUAUUCAUUUUAUCUUGAUCGACCAUUUUUAUUUAUGGUCCUACAAAAAGAUACUCUCAUUCCCAUAAUUAGCGGUCGUAUUAUGGAUCCCGAACCAUAUAAUUCAUGGAGAAAUUUUAUUUUUUUAAAAAUGCGUUUAUUUAUAUUUUUGUGUGCAUUAACGGCCUACACGAUGGCUGCAGCUGUUGACAAGCAAAUUGCUCCUCUUGAAGCUGUCUCUAGAGGUGCCGAACAAUUUUCCACAAACUUUUUCAAGACUGUAGCGAAAAAACAACCAGGAAAUCUAAUUACUUCUCCACUAAGUGCAAAUGUCGUCUUAUCAAUGGCAUCUUUUGGUGCUCGGGAUAACACUAAAAAACAAAUGCAAGAGGUUCUUCGAAUGCCAAGUGAUGAUAAUGUAUCCAAAUCCGGAUACCAAAACCUAAUUGACAGUCUAAAUAGUGUAAAGGAAGUGGAUCUAAAACUCGCCAACAAAAUCUUUCCCAGUGUCAACCUUGAAGUGAAACCAGAAUUCAAAGCAUUGACAAAAAAUAAUUUCCGAUCCGAAGAACAACAACUUGAUUUCUCAAAAUCUAGUGAAGCGGCAAAAACCAUUAAUGCUUGGUGCGAGGAAAAGACCAACAACAAAAUUAAAGAUCUUAUUAAACCUGACGAUGUUGAUGCUUCCACUGCUAUGGUUCUCGUUAAUGCGGUCUAUUUCAAAGGUCAAUGGAAAUUGAAAUUCGAUGCUAACAAUACUCACAACAAACCUUUCCAUGUUGAUGAAAAAACUGUCAAAGAAGUGCCAACAAUGUUCAAAAAUGGCAAACUCAUCUAUGGUGAACUUCCUAAUCUCAAGGCCAAAUUCGUCGAAAUCCCUUAUAAGGGUGAUGAAGUUAGCAUGCUUAUUGUAUUGCCCGAUGAAAUCAAUGGUCUUCAAGAAGUGGAACAAAAAAUGUCAGAAAUGAAUCUUGAUGAUAUUAGACGCCAAGGACAACAAGUUGAAGUAGAAUUAUACCUUCCAAAAUUCAAAAUUGAAAGCACCAUCGAUCUUCAAGAUACUUUGACUGAGAUGGGAAUGGGAGAAAUGUUCACCGAUCAAGCUAACUUCCGUAAUAUUGCUGAUGCUGAUCUUAAAGUGAGUAAGGUUAUACAAAAAGCCUUCAUUGAAGUAAAUGAAGAAGGAUCAGAGGCUGCUGCAGCAACUGGAAUUGUAAUCGUGCCUGCAUCAUUACCCAUCGCACCUCAACCACGAGUGAUUUUCGAUGUCAAUAGACCCUUUUUAUAUUCUAUAAUUUACAAAACACGCAACAACAACAAUAUUGGCUCUAAUCUCGUUCUUUUUAAUGGACAUGUUACGGAUCCAAAAGUGGCAAUUCAUAAUAACUUUAUAUCAUAAAUCUUGCAACAGCUUAUAUAAAUUAUAAAUCCAAAUUUUCAUAUUUUACCAAAUUUUACGUGUGAUAAUUUUGCUUUUAUAUAAUAAUUUUUAUGUUUAUAAAGUUGAAUAAAAUUUUUUUAUAUGCAACUUAAAGUCGCAUAUAUUUUUGCAAAUUUUCAA